AUGGGAUGCCCGCGGGGCGGUUGGCAGCCUGCCAUGCGGCAGCGGCAGGCCGCCGUGGCCGAAAGCGCCGAGUUGGUCAGGAAGCGAGUCAAACCAUGCCAGGCCGGCAGGGAUCGGCGCAGGGAGGUGGUGCCUGAUGGACUCGAUCAAGCUACUCGGCCCUUCCGCGGGGACGUCGACCUCGAGGAACACGAGAAGCUCUGCAGGCCUCCAAUGCCGGAAGCCGCCGAGAGCAGCAACGCACCCACGGCCCACGAUUACGAGGGCGUCUUCAAACCCGGUCGAAUCACACGAGGUUUAGCCUGCCGAGGUUCUAUAAAAAGAUGUAGGCAGCGUGCCGUCGCCCAAAGCUGCGCAUGCCGCAUGAACUCGAAGCGUCGAGGCCGGUGGAUGGACGCGCCCGGGAGAGGGGCAGAGAUAUUGCGUGAGCGGGAGUCCCAGACAGCAGCAACCCAGCUCCCAGGACACCGCCAAGCGGAGCCAACUCGCUUCCUUGGCCAAGUCCUCCGAGCUGCUGAGGAGCGUUUCCAUUUCGGGAGGUGCCAGGCCAGCAGCGCCAUAAGAGCUAGCCAGGGUCUGCUGCAGGCGCUGGCGCCACGCACACGCUACCUUGGGGACUGGAACCAUGGAUCGGCCCUGCCUGGAUGGGGAGGCGAAAACAAGACGACAUCGGCGGGCGGCCACGGCCAGCCCGGUGCUGAGGACGCGCCCUGCCCUCCAGCCACGGCCACAAGCAGCUCCGAGGCUGAGGGCCCGAUGACACUAUGCCAUGCCCACGCCCCCAAGGAAUGUGUGCCGCUGGGCUGGAUCGCUUGCCUGCCUCGCAUCCCCACCGCUGCUGAGGCUGCAUCGAGAUUGGCAUCCGCCCUUCCGGCUGGCCGCCCAUCGAGGCUAAGCUUGCUCUGCUCGCCUCGGACGACAGAACCGCCCGUUGCUUGGCUUGGGGCUGCUCUGGAUCCCUGUGGUCUCGCCAGGGGCGUCCUUGGAAAGGGACGACGGGAGAGUGACAGGAAUAGCAAGGACCUAGCAGAUACUAUGGUCUGGUCCGAGGCGGGCGGCAUCAAGGCCGAAACCGAGACAGCAUCGCGCGAAAAAGGAAUAUAA